UGAGUCCGACCAGCAGGUAGCAGUGUUUCACAAAGCAGGGGGCGCUCCCGUUGUCACCAAAUCGCCAUAAAAGUUAAUCUCAGCCUGCAAGUGCAGUGCACCAGGCAUCUUGUGCACACACACCCCAAACACCGACCUCACUGCGCUUCACGUCGACAGCCCUAAAAGAGGUGCCUAUUUUAAAGGGAAGCAGCGGAAAGAAAAACAUGUUUUGCACGGAGAUGAUCACCAUGUGUCUGCAGUCGGCCAAGCACAAGCAGCCGCAACAGCUGCAGCAGCAGAAGCAAAGCAGCGGAAGAGGGCUCAGCAUCCUUCAUGAUAUAUUUCGCCGAGCAGAUAAAAAUGAUGACGGUAAGCUGUCCUUCGAAGAGUUCAACGCUUACUUUGCCGACGGUAUCCUGACGACGGUGCAGCUGCAGGAGCUUUUCUACUCCAUUGACGGAAGACAGAAUAACAAUCUGGACACUGACAAGCUGUCAGAUUAUUUUUCUCAGCACCUCGGGGAAUAUCUGAAUGUCCUCUCGGCUCUUGAGAAGCUCAAUGUGGCCAUUUUGAAGGCCAUGUAUAAAACUAAAGAGGAGUACCAGGACUCCAGUGUUCUCGGCCAGUUUGUGACCCGCCUCCUGCUGCGAGAGACAUCCGGUCAGCUCCUGUCCCUGCAGAGGUCGCUGCAGUGCGCCAUGGAGGCUGUGGACCAGGAGAGCAGCCCCUUUCAGGGAGAGGAAACAACAGUGCUGCCGAGUGGGCGCCACUGUGGUCGCAGAGUCCUUGAUAAUGUCCCUUCAAUCUGCCAAAACACAAAUGAGGGCGGAGACGAGUGGGGAUCUCAAAUCACGAGGCUGCAGCAGCUGCUGGAUAAACUGGACUGUCAGAGUCCAAAGUUGGAGCCCCUGAAGGAGGACACUUCUAACAUCACAUGCACAUCUAACAUCCUGCUGGUCCAGAGGCAGAUGGCUGUGAGAGAUGAUGACACGGACGACUUCAGGAAUGUUCUUAAAAGCUACGUCAGUGCCACGUCGGCCCACUCGGACAACCUGCACAUCUCCGCUCAGAAGCUGCCGGAAAAGUCCGCUUACGUGAUUUACGAGUUCUGGCCAGACCGUGUCUCCUGGAUGAGCUACCUGCAGUCUAACGACAGCAAAGACUUCCAGCGCUGCAUCAUCGACAUGCUGGAAGUUUCUGAGGUGGUAUCAACUAUGUUUCUACCAGCUUCCUGGUGGAUUAUGACUAACAAUUGAAUCCGGAAUGUCACAUCCACUGCCUACACUGUCACAUGGACGCUGGCAGCCCACCCACCUGCAUGGACACACACACACACACACACACACAGGAGGAGGAGGAUUCAAAAGGGUUUGAAGGCUGUGUCGUCAUCCUGCCUGCUCCAGCAGCUUGUCGUCUCCAGCUGCUCAUUACUGUGUUUUUAGACGGUACCCAAUGAAUAGCUACAGUAUAUAUAUAUCAUGCAAAAUAGUGUUUGUAAAUUGCAUAGUUACGUCGAGUCAGCGAGACCUUCUGCCUCCAAACAAGCAUGCAUGAUGACAGUAUUAGUGUUUUCAUGUGUAAAAGCAUUCAUCCUGUCACUCUACCAUAGUGACCAUCCAAUCACAUUGCUGCUCACUACCCACUAGGGGGCGUAGUUGCAUGUACAGUGUACUGUACUGGGGUUACUCUAAUAUGAUACAGUGGCGCUCUAAAGUCAAACACAGUCCUUUAACCUCUGGUUUGUUUGCAUUUCAGAUCAAUGGAUCCCCACAGGAAAUACUGUUUAUAGAGAAUAGAAAUGAUCUGUUCCAGGUGGCCAUCCUUAAGCUUUUAUUAAGUGUAGGGCAAUGCUUUAACCUACUUAAAGGGGUAGUUUGGAUUUUUUUUGGCAUGAAGUUGAAUGACAUCCCCAUCAACUAUGUAGUGCAUCAACAGUGACUUUUCCCCCACUUUGUCCCGUGAGCCGUGUUCUGGUCGUUUUUUGUUGUGGAGGAAAGUACUCCUGGCUAGUUGCUGGGGUCUCUUAAGUUAAGCGUUUUGCUUCCCAAAACAAGAUGCAUUCAAAAGAGUAUUAUCAUAUUACCAUUACCGUUGUACAUUAUACUGGAGAAAGUAUGCGUUACGCCCCAUUUUUGUUUGGGUAAGUACAGCUUGGUCUAUCUAGUGUUAGACUAGUGGUUAUUCUUCUCAAAUACAUCCUUUGUUCCUUCUAAAAAUGCAUGUGCGAGCCACUUAAAAGACUAGCCUAUGUUAAUAAAUCAUUUUAGCAAUGGCCCACAGAGAGACGAGUCACAUAAGAAUGGUUCUGUUGUGUUUUCGGUGUGUGAUUAGGCCAAAAACUGUAUGCAAGCUCCAUAGGUUGUUGAAUAGACGUAAUUAAAAACUGUUUUGGGACACGUGAGUGCCUCUAAAUGAUUUCUUUUAUAGUUUUACUGUCUUGUGUUAUUGCAGAGACUAUAGUAUAUGACAGAGGACAGAAUUUUGAAGCAUCCAGAAAUACAAGUAUAUUUUAUUCCCUCGUUUGGUCCACAUAUCAAUUAUAUCUUUUGUAGGAGGAUAAAGGGGGCCCAAAAAUGACAUCUAUUGUUAUUAUUAUAUAUUUUUUUCCAUCUACAGACAGAGGUUACCCAAAGUCAACAUCUAGACUUAUGUAUCUAAGAAAAUGUCUGGUUUACAUUCCUUGGUUGUGUAUUCGCCCUUUUCGUAGGUGUCAAAUGUUUCAUUAGAAUUAGGGCUGUAACUAACAAUUAUUUUCUUAGUCGAUUAAUCUGAAGCUUGUUAUUUAGACUAAUUAAGCAAUCACUUUGUCCCUAAGACAGACCAAAUCAAUAUGAACCAAACACAAACUGUUAAAGGUUUGGUCCACAACAUAUCAGAAAAGAGGCAAAAAUGUCUAUCACUGUUUUCCAAAGUCAAAACUGUUGUGUGUGAAUAUCUUGUUGAAUAUCUUGCCUACAUCACAAAGCUAAUAUGUCUGUCGUGGAUGACUAAGGAAACUAAAAAGCGAGGCUGAUAAUCAGAGCAUAUUUACAUUUUUCAAUAAAAAAAAAUGACUAACUGAAUAGCCAGACAGUUGUCGAUUAAUUGGAUAAUCUAUUAGUCAUCGGUUCAUUCAUUUUUGGCCACUUCCUGCUUGUUUUGUUCUGCUUUUCUUGCUGUUGUGGGAGCCUGUGGAAGCUGUGUUGAUAUACUGCCACCUUGUGGUUAAUUUUCCAACUACACCUCCUGUUUUUUUUUUUGUUAGGACCAUAUCGCUGCUUCAAUACACUUGCAAUUGUGUUUUUAAAGACUUUUAACCGACGCGUAACCAACAAAUUUCAUUGCGUUUUUUAGUUAUUUCAUCGCCAACUAUGUUUUUUUUUUCAACAAAUAAGAACAUUAACUUUUUGGCAAGUUAAAUUUUUUCUAUUGAAAAAUCGCAGUAGUUUAAGUGGAAUCAACGACAAAAACACAAAGAAAUGGAUUACAGUAACUCUAUUAUCUUUAUUUUGUACUUUACGUCAUGAAAACCUCUCGUGGAUGUGACUCGUACCAAAAACGUGUUGAAAGGACAAACAGGGCAAAGGAAAAUAGACUCUUUCUUGCAACAAAAGACGACAAGUGUGUUUAGCUCAUAAGAAAAGCUCACUUAAGCUGCAAAGAAAACGAAAACAAAAUCUCCUGAGGUCUCGCCGCCUUUUGACGUCCAUUUGCUACCACUCUGAUCAAGUGCUAAAAUAAAACAAAAAAUGAAACAAAAACAAGAAAACAACCAUUUGCCAUCAUUUUCAAAAGCUCCGUUUCCACCAAAGUAGUAGAGUUUGGUUGAACAUGGUGCAAGAUGCGGAGAGUAGAGUAGAAAUGCAUGGUUGUAGACCACCUGAAUGUAUCCCGCCAGCUGAAGGGCAGCGCUUGCAUACCAUAUCUGGUCGGUACUCUACCACUUUUUGGCACCUUCUGCACGAGUACCAAGAGAGUGGUGGUUUUCCGCACUGUUUGGUCUUCAUAAAUAAAAUGAAAGAUCACAAAAAGUAAACUGGUCUGUUUCCCAACUGCGAUAAAUCCAAUGCAUGCCAAGACUGAGUGGUACACACUACAGCAGGGGUAACGGUACCAUCAGGGUGGUGCUUUUCUACACUCAUUGGUUUUCAGAAACAAAGCAAAAGAUCACAGAAAUGCUCUCCAUUGUUAGUCAGAUCAAGGUUUAAGGUUCCGAACCGAACAGUACCGUUUGGUGGAAACGUCUUUUUUGUGUGUUUUAUGCGGAUAUACUCGUAACUUUGGUGACAUAAUACCUGAAUGCUUUGUGUUGAUAUUGCCUUGCGAAAAAACAUUUGGAGACAUCGGUUGACACAUUCACACACAACCUGACUGGAAUUUGGCGAAACAAGGUGUUUUGUGAUUAAAUCUACAGAAUAAAACUGCUUUUAUGACACAUGACAUCCUCCUCCUCCUCAUCUACAUUUAUACACAAAAGAAGUGGAAAGAAAAGCUGCUUCAGAGGAAGGCGUCUUUGUACAUCUUUUUAAUCUCUAUAAUCUGAGAUGGGUCAUCAGAUGUUGGUCCGAUGAACGUCCUCUCUAUCCGCCAAAGACGUGUUGCCCUGACGUGACCCACAAAUAGUUCAGCAAGGAGGCAAACUCUUUAAUGUCCGUUGGUCUCAGGCGCCGAGGCCGGGGUAGAAGGGGUGGACGAGCGAGAUGCCACCUUCUCUCCGCCGGGACUGGACACCGAGGGCACGCUGUCGGGGGCUUUGAUCCCGGCCAAGCCCGCAGGGGACACCCCGGCGGCCACCCUGGCGGCAGCGAUGGCGGAAACGGGUUUGGGCUGAGCCUGAAGUCCCGGGCUGCAGAUGAGGUGGUGCCUCUCCCAGUCUUUGUGCUGGCAGAAGGAGCCGCAGUAGCGCGCUGCGUUGCAGCCGCUGCACGUUUCGCUGGCUUUGCGGCCGCAAUUCCAACAACACUGUCGAGGAGAAGAAGAAGAAGAGGAGGAACGUUUAUAGUGUGCACUACUUGGCUGCAGCGGCGCUGUUGAUUCAGUCUCAACUAGUUUUCAUGGAAAGUAUGACAAGUUGAGCUACAUCCGCAUCGUGGCACAACUCCAGUCACCUUUAUUCUAAUCAAUGGUAUGGAAAGAGGAGCUCAGAACAUUCAGAGAGCUGCAGAUACAGAAAAUAUGUAUUUUAAUUAUUUAUAUGCGGCGAAAUGCAUUUAAAAAUCAAACACAUUAAAGGUUGACAGGCAACACAAACAGAGUACACAUUUUUCCAGAUUUGUAAUUAUAGUUCUAUUGUUUUAUUUUGCAUACAAAAAAAACAAAAAUGUUUGAAUUACGAAUUUAAGAAAUUUAAUCAUCCAAAGACUAGUUAUCAUACGGUGAUAUGUUUUUUUCCCAUAAAUUUUUCUUGUUU